CCCCCCUCCUUGCCUCUCCGCCUACCCCCACCCCCACUCCCUGCCGCCAACAUGAACAGCUCGGACGAAGAGAAGCAGCUGCAGCUCAUCACCAGCCUGAAGGAGCAAGCAAUUGGUGAAUAUGAAGAUCUUAAAGCAGAAAACAAGAAAACAAAAGAGAAGUGUGACAAAAUUAAACAAGAACGGGAUGAAGCUGUUAAGAAACUGGAGGAAUUUCAGAAAAUUUCUCACAUGGUUUUAGAGGAAGUAAAUUUUAUGCAGAACCAUCUGGAAAUAGAGAAGACUUGUCGAGAAAGUGCUGAAGCUCUUGCAACAAAGUUAAAUAAAGAAAAUAAGACUUUGAAAAGAAUAAGCAUGCUCUAUAUGGCUAAACUGGGGCCUGAUGUUAUAACUGAAGAGAUAAACAUUGAUGAUGAAGACUCAGCUACAGAAACAGAGGGAACCUCUGGGACUUGUGACUCUGUACAAUGUCAACAGCAAAUAAAAGAUCUUCGAGAUCAAAUUUUAUCUGUGCAGGAAGAAAAGAAGACAUUGGCCAUUGAACUAGAAAACCUGAGGUCCAAGCUUGUUGAAGUCCUUGAGGAAGUAAAUAAAGUUAAACAAGAAAAAGCUGUUUUGAAUUCAGAAGUUCUGGAACAAAGAAAAGUGCUAGAAAAAUGCAACAGAGUGUCCAUACUAGCAGUAGAAGAAUAUGAAGAAAUGCAGGUGAACCUUGAAUUGGAAAAGGAUCUUCGGAAGAAAGCAGAGACGUUUGCACAAGAGAUGUUCAUUGAACAAAACAAGCUUAAGAGACAAAGCCACCUUCUGCUGCAGAGCUCGGCCCCUGACCAGCAGCUUUUGAAAGCUUUAGAGGAAAAUGCAAAACUCACCCAGAUCUUAGAAGAAGAGAGAAUUCAACAUCAACAAAAGGUUAAAGAAUUGGAAGAACAGCUAGAUAAUGAAACACUCCAUAAGGAGAUCCAUAAUCUUAAGCAGCAACUGGAGCUUCUGGAAGAAGAUAAGAAGGAAUUGGAGCUAAAAUGUCAGAAUUCUGAGGAGAGAGCUAAAAAUCUAAAGCAUUCAGUUGAUGAACUCCAGAAACGAGUACACCAGUCAGAAAAUUCAGUGCCACCUCCACCACCUCCUCCUCCACCACUUCCCCCUCCACCUCCUAAUCCAAUUCGGUCUCUCAUGUCCAUGAUACGAAAGAGAUCCCACCCAAGCAGCAGUGGGGCCAAGAAAGAAAAAGCAGUUCAGCCAGAAACUGUGGAAGAAGUCACAGAUCUGAAGAGACAAGCAGUUGAAGAAAUGAUGGAUAGGAUUAAGAAGGGAGUUCAUCUUAGACCAGUUAAUCAGGCAACCAGGCCAAAGGCCAAGCCAGAAUCUUCAAAAGGCUCUGAAAGUGCAGUGAAUGAACUAAAAGGAAUACUGGAGACACUUAACACAUCUGCUAGUUCAAGAAACUUAAAAUCUCUUGAUACUGAAAACAGUGAAACUGAGUUAGAAAGAAUUUUACGGCGCAGAAAGGUGACAACAGAGCCAGAUAGCAGUAGUCCAACGGGGAUAUUAGCCACUUCAGAGUCCAAAUCCAUGCCAGUGUUGGGUUCUGUAUCCAGUGUAACAAAAACUGCAUUGAACAAGAAAACUCUGGAGGCAGAAUUCAACAGCCCGGCCCCCAAAACACCUGAGCCAGGUGGAGGGCCUCCUAAACUGGAAGGAAGCACAAGUUCCAAGGUUACAUUUCAACCACCCAGUAACAUUGGAGGUGCAAGAAGAGAUAUGGGCAAUGAAAAACAGGCCGGUCCAGUUGUAUUUUUAGAUCCCAUUUCCACAAGCAAACCCCAAACCAAAGACCAGGUGGCUGAAAAUGAGUCAAGUCAACCCAAGGAGGAUGAAGAUGGAAAUAAACAAGAAUGUAAAGAAGACAGAGUUGAGAAAAUUAAAGAGACAGACAGUUCCAACUGCUAAUUUAUGAGCCAAAAGGCUGCCAUUUUUGGAAGUCCUUUUCAAUAAGCACAUAAUGAAAUUGGGUGUAUUGUCAAGGGCAAUGAAUUCUGUACUUAUAAAUGUAUUCAAGAAUUUAGA